AUGCCGGGAUUGAUUGUCACAGCAAGACAGACAUAUUAUCCUAUUGAGUUAUCAAAUUCUGAACUAUUAUCACAUUUCAAUACCAUCAAAGAAUAUAAUGAGGAUAUCACCAUUGAUUGUAUGAGACAGUUUAAAAAGUUCCGUCCUGAUGUUAAAUUAAUAGAUCAACAACCAGAAAUGGUACCGCAAUUGACAAGGCAGUCAAUGAUUAGUUUUUUAUAUAAAAUAUCCAUUCUAUCAAAAGUGACAAAUGGUAUCUUUUACCAUGCAACUAGACUAUAUGACAGGUAUUGCUCCAAGAGAAUUAUACUGAGAGAUCAAGCAAAAUUGGUUCUUGCUUCUUGUCUUUGGUUGGCUGCUAAGACAUAUGGUGGUUGUAAUCAUAUCAUCAAUAAUUAUGUCAUCCCAACUGGUGGUAGAUUCUAUGGUCCAAAUCCAAGAGCAAGGAUACCAAGGUUGUCUGAAUUAGUACACUACUGUAACAAUGAAAACAAUAUUAAUGAUACUCACAAUAGCAACCUUGGUAAGAACAAUCAUUUUGAUGAGUCUAUGUUUUGUCAAAUGGAAUUACAUAUUUUGGAAACUUUGAAUUGGAAUGUUUAUGAACCAAUGAUCAAUGAUCUUAUUUUAAAUGUAGACGAAAAUUGCUUAAUUCAAUAUGAAUUAUACCAAUCUCAAUUACAAAAUAGAAAUCGUUGUACAAAUAACCCCAAUACGAAUAUUACUGCUGCUACAGGUAGUAAUACUGCCAUCACCACUAAUCAAAAAAAUGAGGAGAAUAAGAGGCACUCACAUGAUUCUACGGAUACUGAUGCUACAGUGGAUGAUAUCGACGAUUUACUUAAUGAAGAUAAAGAAUUAAUACUGAAAAUUGAAUUAAUUAAUCUGAAAAGAUUCUUGAUUGAUUUAUCUUGUUGGCAAUAUGAUUUAUUGAAAUAUGAUAUAGAGGACAUUGUAUCAGUGAUAUUUAAGCUAAUUAAUACGUUCGGUGGUCAUGAUGUUUCUCCUUUAUUAUCAUUAACAACAGCAACAAAAGCAACAACAGAUAUAACAUUAUCACCAUUCAUGGGUAUGUCAUCUCCUUCUAAUUCUAAAUCAACUAUUCAUGAUAAUAUUCAAACAAUUUUUAUAAAUUCAUUGAUAAACGUUCCCCAAACUUUAUUAUUAGUUUACAAAGACAAACAUGGUAUUAUACCAUUUAUAUUCAAGGUGAAAGAAUAUUACACUAACUUACAAAUGAUGAACAUUAUGGAUGUGACAAGAAACAGAUUCCCAUCAACACAAUAUUUCGAUUCAUAUAACAGUAAUAAUAAUCAUUUCACAGAUACAUCAUCCAUUGAGUCGUCACCUUCGUUAUCUGUUAGAACUCCAUCCAAACAACAAUUUAAUAUUUCAACUGGCAGUACCAAUAGUAUUACUGUUUCAGCUAGUAAUAAUUACGUUAAUACUACGAAUAUUAACAAUGCCAUAACCAAUACAGUCUCUUCUAUUACUUCAAAUAUACAUAAUAGUGGCAAUAAGACUGAAAGUAGUAUUUUCAGUAAUCAUCAUUAUCCAUAUGUAAAUGGAUCAACAUCGUUUACUACCAACACGGCAUCACCUAUUACACCACAAUUAUUCACAUUUCCAGUCAAUAAAAAUGACACAAAUGACAAAGAAAACGACGUUGUAUUAACCAACAAAAUUGUAUCAUUGUCUCAUGCAAAUUCAUCUAGUUCCAAAUUCCAUCACAACAACUAUGACAUUUUUAAGAAAGAGUCUACAAUUUUGGGAGCUACUACGACCUCCCAACAGAACUCUUUAAACAAUCAUAUCCAAUAA